UUGGGAUUGGCCAGCCAUGACCGCCUUCAAGCGCUUAGGCCUCCUCGCCCUUUGGCUUCUGGUUUUUGCCAUUUUUUCCGCCUGUGCAGUCUCAGGAGUCCUAUCCACCAAUCGCUUGGUUCGGAUUCUGGGAAGUCUGUUGGGCCUCAUCCCGGCCUCCUUGCACUUCCGCACCAGCCAGACGCAGACCCCGCCACGGCGCUUCUGGCGCUAUUGCAGCGUGGUGAUCAUCGUGACGUUUGGGUCUUUGUGUUUCCUACCUUGGUGUCCAGGUAUUGCCGUCAACCGCUUCCGCUCCGACAUGCCCUUUCGCAGCAGCCACUGGAUCCGGAUCGUGGACACCGUGGCUUGCGUGAGCAUUUCGGGCCUCGCAGCGUUGUGCGUCUCCUUGCGGCAUCCGGCGUCGAGCUAUGUGAGGCAUGCCAUUUGGUCCAUUUGGGGCAUUUGGAUGUUGGUUCUGGGCUUGAUGCUGACCAAUGUCCUUGUAGAGUGCUAUGACCCUAUGGCCAAGUGCUUUGCGCGGCAUUUAGAGGCAACGGUCUUUCGCUGGUCUGCUUGGCUGAUGCUGAGCCGUACGACCGACUGCUUGCCCAAGACGCCCUCCUUUGUCAUGAGGCACGCCAUCACCCUAGUGAACGUAGCGACCUUGUGCAUUCACCUCACCGCCGCAGUGGACACCUUUUUCGACCCCAACGAGGGCCGACCAGUGGUGGCAGUGGUAAGUCAGCUGGUCCUAUCUGGAACCUUUGUCUUCCUUUGGCUGUUGGUUUGCCUGAACAUCGCCCAGUGCCUCCGUGUCAGUCGGCAGAAGCUUCAACGCGAGGCCGAUAACACCGCAGGGGCGCCCCAUGCAGAGGCCCUCUGGGCGAAACGGAUGUUGAAGAUGGAACUCAUCACCUGCUUGGCCAUUGCCUUUUCCUGCACCCAACUGACCUGGAUUCCUUACAAGAUCUUGGAGCUUUACGACGAUGAUGCGGCCGAGGACUACUUGAGGGUCGUCUAUAUCACGGGGCAACGCUUGGAUAUGCUCAUUAAGGCGGUGAGCGUGGCAACCUUAUCCGGGCUUCUGUGGACCCCAAAGCCGCCCAAUGUGCAGCGAGAGAUCAGCCGAGUGCGAACGAUCCCGAUCCCCGUCGGGGCGGAUGAGAAGAUCUGGGCGGCCCAUGUCAAGGUCUUGGCCAACCGUGGCUUCACCGUGAGCUCCCUGCUCGACUUCUGGCGACAGCUCCCACGAGUGAUGCCUUCUUUCGAUCCGCAACGCUCCACGACCACCGAUGUGGUCCGCAUGGCCAUCAUUCCUUUGUCACGCAACCAAGCACCGCAAGCAGGCGGCCGAGCAUUGGCCUCCAUUUGGUCCAACAGCGCUCCGGUGCCUGCACAGUGCAUGGUGACUCACAACUGGUCCAACCUUUUCCUUCAUUUGGUGGCGGCCAUUUUGGCAGAUGCUUUGGGGAAGGACUACUACCAUGGUAUUGCGGAGAAGCUCCUGACCAAGCGUGGCACGGGUGAAUUGGAAGCUGCAAUUCAAAUUGAGGGGGCGUGGUCCUUGACCUACUGGGUUUGCGCCUUCUCCAUCAACCAGCAUGCUUGCAUUUGCGAUAACUAUGGCAGUCCUCCUCCAGUAGACCCAGACCAGUUCAGCCAGUGGGCCGCCCGCCACAGCGACACUGUGACUGGGAAGCUCUACCCCCUUUGUCAGUGUGGACAACGGAAGGUCUCUGCCGGGGAGCCUAACACCUGCGAGGUGAAUAAGUUCCAUUGGAUGAUGCGACAUUUGGCCAAAGUGCAGGACGGCUUCUCACACCUGGUGGUGGCAGAUGUCAAGUUCGAAGUCUUCACUCGCGCGUGGUGUAUUGCCGAAAUCGUGGAGUCAGAGGCGUCUACGAUUCCGAAGAGGAUCAAGGUCCACUCGGAGAACGCCCUUGACCACAACUACUACUCGCUGGCUUGCAUAGAUGUUCGCGACUGCCAGGCAUCACGACAAGAGGACAGAGAUAUGAUCCUGUCACACAUUUCGGACGUGGAGGCUUUUAAUUUGCAACUACAGCUUGCAAUUUUUGGUACAGAAGGGUUGCUGAGCGAUUGGGUGGACGGUCCUAGCCGUACUGCCCUAGUUGUUCCAGCGACUCCACCCCGGUCCGGGACUGCGCGUGUGUCGCCAUGAAGGAGCACCCAAUUUGGAUCCUUAGGUGAUUUUGUGCCUCCACACUUCCGUGCCACACUGCCAAGGAAUUCUGAGAAGAAUUGAUGGGUGCACGGAUUGUAUUGUUUAGGCAGGAAUUUACGCUGAUAUGUCUCAAAAUAGGGGGUCCUAUGCUUGGCCUGUGCAUGCAGAGCCAUGAUUUAGGGGGUCCCCUAGUUUGCGGCGCAAACGUGGAACGCCAUGCU